AUGGCCAAGAAAUUGCCAUCAUCGAGGUCUUCCUCCCCGUCGCCACCUGCCGUGAAGAGACCAAAGAACCCUCGUCGAAUUGUCGAGUCGGACGCGGAGGACAGCCAAGAAGAGACAGCCGUCAUGCCGAAGCCUCCUCCACGCCGGAAGGCCAAGACAGAUAUCAUUGUUGAGAUCUCAACGGACGACGACAACUCAGAUGAUGCACAGCAGCGCGAAGAGUCCGUUCCGCCUAAGCCGGGUAUGCCCAAGCCGAGGAAGCCCCGCGGCAAGGGCAAGCCCAAAGUCACUGAGCCGUUGACUGAGGACGAGGCCCCGUCCGUCAAGGGCAAGAAGACUUGGGCCAGGCGCAUCGAGUGGAAGACCCACUUCGUACCCGCUCAGGCAUACCUAGCCUCUCGGUUCCGAGAGUGGAACAUCGCCACCAAGAACAGCGCCGCAGCCGUCGUCAUAGACGCUGCACAGUACAUUGUCAAGCACUGGGACUUCACCGGUUACCCUGCAGAGGAUGUUAGGAAGGCUGUCAGGAACUGGUUCCGCAACCACAAGAAGCAGUUCGACGAAGCCGGAGAGCCGAUAGCCACCACUCGAAAGUCUAAGAAGACUCAUCCGUUGUUGGCACGAAUGAAAGGUCGAGGACCAGCAGCGUCCACUCUGUGGGCGCGGGCUCAUCCAGAUCGUGUGGACGAGGAACUCGGAGAAGGCGACAACAUCGGUGAUCAACAGAAGGUCGUGGCUAGGCUGUUCAACAACCUUCCUGCAGAAGAGAAGGAGUAUUGGAGGCGCAAGGUACUGGAGGCGAAGGAGGAGCGGGCUGGCAAUCCAGACCAGUGCUUCAUCAACCAAAUUGAUAUCGCCGACGUCCUCGCUGAUGUCAUGCAAGAACUGAACGGAUACGGCUGUGAGCAGAUUGGCGCUGCGGUGUUCCAUCUCCAGUUUGCCGUCCGUGACAUUGAAGGCAAGAUUGAGUCCAAGGAGUUCACGUGUGGGCACAUGGUCGAUGAACAACCCUUCAUGGAGUUUGAAGGGGGUACGCCGCAGAGCGAGUCAGACCGAUGGGCACGCUUCAUCGGCCUCUCCCUACCUCCAAACCCUCAGCGGCGCAAUGUUCGGUUGAAGUAUGACACAACUGGACACCCUCUCCUGCCGCAAUGGAAUGACGACUGGAACAAGACGCAAUCUGCCGACGUGUUCAAGGUCUUCCUGGAUGCUACAUGGAGUUACAUACAUGUGGAGAAGCCACCGCAACCGCUCGACCUCGCCACCGUGAACAAAGAGCGGACGCACUACCUCCCCACACUCUGGCAGGAUAUUUGCUUGGAAACUCCGACUGAGCUGAAGAUGGCCGUGCUUGUCAGCCUAUACGAGCGCAUCUACAAUGCACAAGACGGAGAACAUUCGUUUACUUUCCUACCUGGCGAUGACACCACCUUGAAGACAACGAUGUGUGACCUCCCUCGCACUCCCGCGAAGGCCCGACGUGUCACUACCUUCAUCUCUCCCGCUCGUCUAAGUCACACCGUCACACCAGUCAAAAGCACCCGAAGCGUCAGCGCAAAUCUGGAAGGGCUCCCCAGCCGCCUUCUGCUGCCAACAAUCCUGGAGGCCAACAUCGAAACCGAGCAUGCGAACAUCGAGUCGGACGAUUCGGUGGAGACGGUGAGCAUGCGUGUGGCUGCGGAAGACCAUACCGCCCCCUCCCCUCAGCCGUCCGACUGUGCGAGCGUAUCCGCGGCCGCCGAGGGCAAGCAGGGCGGGAACACCACCGUGUCUGCAGAUGAAGAGGACAUGACUUCCGUGUCUACGGCUGUGUCCAUUGGGCAGAAUGCGGGCGCGUCUGUAGACGUGGCGGGUGCAGAGAGCCAAGAAGAUGACGAGGACAGCAUGUCUAUGGCACCAGUCGAUGAAGACGACGAUGGCAAGAGCGCGUCUGCGGACCCGGAGGUUGAGGAGGAGCCGUCGAAGGCUGCGCGCACGCCUACAGUGAAGCGCAAGUCCAGCUCACAGGGUACUCGGGGAACCACCACGAAGCGGGCACGCAUCUCUGGCACCACCGAUAAGAAGAAGGCUGCAAGCAUACCCAGGCUGCGUCCUCAGUCGACACGCGAGACAGCGGUCCCCUCCCGGACCACUCGGGCACAGUCUGCCACAAUUAACUCUAUGCCCAGCCUCAAUGAGUGCCAGAUGAUCAAGUCUUGA